AUGACCCUUCAGCGUUUACAGUUAGGAAGCAAGUGUUACGAACUAUUCUUACCCGUCUUCCUCUUCAUUCAGGUCAUCACCAACUGGAUCGAGCCGCCUAAGAGAGAGAGGAAAGCCAACUACGCUGUGGACGCUUACUUCAGAGAGGCCCUGAGAGUCAGUGAGCCCAAAGCACCGAAGGCUCCUCGUCCCCCCAAGCAGCCAAAUGUGCAGGACUUCCAGUUCUUCCCUCCACGUCUUUUUGAGCUCCUAGAAAAGGAAAUCCUCUUCUACAGGAAGACCAUCGGCUACAAGGUGCCCCGUAACCCAGAGAUGCCAAACUCUGCCACGCUCCAGAAGGAGGAGCAGGGUAAGAUCGACGAGGCGGAGGCGCUCACAGAGGAGGAGCUGGAGGAGAAGGAGAACCUGCUUCAACAGGGAUUCACCAUUUGGAACAAACGUGACUUCAACCAGUUCAUCAAAGCCAACGAGAAGUGGGGAAGAGAUGAUAUUGAGAACAUUGCCAGAGAAGUCGAGGGAAAAACUCCAGAGGAAGUCAUGGAGUAUUCUGCUGUGUUCUGGGAGCGCUGUAACGAGCUGCAGGACAUCGAGAAGAUCAUGGCGCAGAUCGAGAGAGGAGAGGCCAGGAUCCAGAGGAGGAUAAGCAUCAAGAAAGCACUGGACUCAAAGAUCGGUCGCUACAAGGCUCCCUUCCACCAGCUGCGCAUCUCUUACGGCACCAACAAAGGCAAGAACUACACGGAGGAGGAGGACCGCUUCCUCAUCUGCAUGCUCCACAAGCUGGGCUUCGACAAAGAGAGCGUGUACGACGAGCUGCGGCAGUGCAUCCGCAACUCGCCUCAGUUCCGCUUCGACUGGUUCCUGAAGUCCCGGACGGCCAUGGAGCUCCAGAGGCGAUGCAACACUCUGAUCACACUGAUCGAGAGAGAGAACAUGGAGCUGGAGGAGAGAGAGAAGGCCGAGAAGAAGAAACGCGGCCCGAAGAAUGCCUCAGCCCAGAAACGGAAGUCAGACGCGACCCCAGAUGGCCGUGGACGCAGGAAAAAGCUGAAGUUGUGAAGCCGUUAACGACUCGAAUCUACCGAGUCAGAAUCUGAGGUGGCAGCCAGCUCCGUAUCGUUAGUCCUAGUGUUUGCUCUGCAGACUGUGAUAAUGUGUAAACCCCCGACGGACUGACUUUGUUCUUUAGGUUUUAGGGAGUGAAGCCUGCCUUUUCACUUACCUGAACUCUGCAGCUGUGCUGGUUUAGUUUGUAUUGUUUGCUAGUCCUUUUAUUUUUUCUAGUACUUCAUUGAAAUAAAUGUAUUUAUGCCUGUU